CGCAAAUCUAUGCAGGCUUAGAGGGAAUUAGUCUGCUAGGUCGCGUAUUGAUAUCGCGCUGGAUCUGCAGUUAUAGAUAUGCUACAUACAUUCCGUAAAUACUAAACUAAUUAGUUUAUACACGUUUUAGAGAUCGUCGAGGCCAUGUACAAGAAAAUGUUGUUCUGGCUGUUUUGGUUUCUGGUGUGGACAUUGACGUCAUUCACGUCACACUACUGUGGGAAAAUGUUUAUACAAAACAGUCAGUUGAUGGAGGCCGCUGGGUGGACGUUUGCUGUGUGUCUGACAAUUGUUCAGAGUUCUGCGUUUGUGGCGGCCAUGAAAAUUCAAGUUUCGGGUCAUUGGUUGAUCCUGGGGUCACAUAUUCUGUCCACCUUGAUGACAAACUUAUCAAUGGCCGCUACACAGGCAUCGUCGACGUUUACCAUCAAGAUGCUGGAACCAGUAGUGAUGCUUGUUGUUAGUCGCUCACAGAUAUCUACACAAAAACUUAUUAGCAUACCUGUCAUUUUUAUAGGAGCUUUUCUUUUUACCGGUAUUCUAAUGGCAAGAUCAGGAGACUUGACUGGAAUUAUUUUCGCUUUUUUGUCUAACAUAUUCCUGGCGGUUCGAAACACCCAGCUAAAGCGCCAUAACACGAAGAUUAAGCUAAAACACUCAAAAUGCCCCCCACAAAUCACCACACUAGCAAGUGUGGCUGGUGUUUGCCUGUUGGCAGGUUUAUCUGUGUUCAACGUUUUCUCGAACCUUCGAGCAAAUCUUAUAUUCCUAGUCCUUGGAUCAGCUGCUUGCCAUGUUACCUACACAAGCGUCUCAACAGAAAUACUCAAGAGAAUGUCUGACACUGUGAGUCACUCAGUCGCCAACAUCGCCAAGAGACUUCUGAUCGUGCUCUUCAUGUACGCCACAGGCCAGCGUCAGGCUGGUGCCAUGAAUGGACUGGGUCUGGUAGUCUGUACAGUUGGACUCCUGGCGUGUUUCCGUGAGGACAGUAAACACAGGGCUCCACCAGAACAAGAUGCUGAGGGCCACACAACAGCAGAUUCGUCAGAACCGAGAAAACUCGUAUUGUUUUCUAUGUGGUCAAUCGCCAUAUUGAUCAUCGCAAUAGUAAACAAUGAAAAAACUGCUGGGACGCCAAGUGUCAAGAAAAUUCCCGUCUGGCCGGAUGUGACGACUCUAGAAACACCAAGUCGUCUUGUGGACUACAACGUUACCUCCCAUGUUACCUCAGACCAGCAUCAAAGGGAGAUCACUCUACCAGAGUUCCUGUCGUGGAACCUGACCGAGCACCCGUACGAGACGAACCUACUGGCGAGUCGCCUAACGAAACACGAGGACAUCGUGAGCGAGGCCCAGCGCGUGCUGAUGAACAUCCUGUCUGAGCUGACUAGAGGGGCUGAUCACGUGAUGUUGAUGGAGAUCGCAGUAUACGAGAACAAGGGCGAUCCGGCCAUUUCUGCUGGCGAAGUUUUUUUGUUGAAAAAACUCAACAAAACAAUAAUUUAUUACUGCUCAACUUUUGAAUGUACCGACAACAAUCUGGACAAAGCCGUAAACAUAAGCAAUAUGUAUCCGCCACAUAAGUUAGUUAUAUUUAUGCAAGGAGGAGGAAAUAUCGCAAUGUAUCCAGCUGUUGAUUUAAUUCGGCGUUCAGUUAUCCAAAGGUUCUCAAAAUUUAGGAUGGUUGUGUUUUCACAAUCUGUUUACUACCACUUUAAAGAAGACAUACUACGCUGUCAGAAAAUAUACUCCAACGUUACAAAUCUAACCAUGCUCAUAAGAGAUAAACAAUCGUACGGGCUAGCGAAAUCUUAUUUUAAAGGUGUUCAAAUUAUCCUAGCACCGGAUAUGGCAUUUGGAAUAGGAGUCGUUAAGAGAACAUUCGCUCCUGCGUUUGAUAUCCUGUGGCUGCGAAGGCAAGACGAUGAAGCGAAACAUUAUAUCAAAAGUUUUCAGCGUAGCCUUGGUAACGUGACGAUCCACGUAGCUGAUUGGUGGAAGUGGUUGUCUAAUAAGGGGGAGUCAGACAUGGAGACAGCUUUCAACAUCGCGCACAGCGGGCUGGUCUUUCUCCAGAGGGGUCGAGUGGUCAUCACUGACCGCCUGCACGGCCACAUCCUCAGCACGCUGUUGAGAAUCCCCCACGUGAUCGUGGACAACCCGCCAGCGAGAAAACUCUCCUCGUUCCACACCACAUGGACAGCUGGUCUGAGUGAUGUUACCAUGGUUACAAACGAAACUGAGGCUUUGGAUUCUGCCCUCCUGUUGCUAUUGAGGUUUUCGGAUAAAAUACCGGAAGUGUUUAUAAACAAUGCGAAGAUUCAGUUAGGCAAUACUAGUGCGAAAUCCGGAAUGGAACAACAGAUAAAUACCGUGCUAAAAUAUUAUAACGUAUUUAUAUUCUGGUUUGUAGUAUUUAUAAUCUAAAAUGAAUACAUAGGGUACUGACUUUAUUAUUUUUAUUGUAGAGUGCAUUAAUAUUAAAACAAGUAUUAAAAUUAUG